GGGGCGCUGAGGGCGACAUGGCUGACAGUGUGGAGUGGGGUAGCGACAUGCGGCCGCAGAACACCGUGGAGCUGGCGGCCCGGACGGCGGUGUCCAGGCCCGACGCCACCUCGCCCGAGGGGGAGCCCGAGUACGACUCGGCUGCCGUACACCGCCGCAUGGCUGCCGCCGUGUCCGCGGUUUCCGGUGUGUUGGCUGACGACGGGGGCGGCGCCGACGCCACCACCAGUGCUGCCGCCGGACCGGGACCUGCCGCAGCGGCAGCAGCGGCAGGAGCAGCACUGGCGGAUCCUCUCUCGGCGGCUCACCACUGCCCCCAGGAGCAGCAACAGCAGCAACAGCAGCAGCAGCAGCAGCAUAGUAGGGCGGGCGGGCGCGUUAGUAACCAGCAGCAAGAGCAGCAGCAACAGCGGCAGCUGGAGCAGCCUCAAGCUCCCAUGACGCGCGCGAGGGCGCGGGGGAUACCCCGGCAGCAGGCUCCGGCGGCUGGCCGGGCGAAUCAGCGUGGAGGUGCGAACGGCGAGUCAGCCAGACCAGCAGCCCAACCGGCUUCGAGGCCGGCCGCGGCGACGUCCCGGGCAGCAACAGCAGCGGCGGCGGUUGCGGUAAAUGGCGGCGACGACGGCGGUGCCGCCGCCGCUGCGCCGCCUGCCGCCGUGUGGGAGACCCCGUCGACGUUUGCCAGCAUCAAGGCGCACCUGGCCGUGCAGCGGGAAGCUGAUGCGGCGACGGCGGCUGUGAGGGCGACGCCGGCGGAGGCUCCGGCCGGCGGCGGCGGCGGCGGCGGCGGCAGGGGGCAGUCCCGAGUUGGGGAGGUGGAGCAGGCGAGCCGAAUGGCGGGGGCUGGGGCAGCGGCGCUAGGUGGCAACGGCGGCGGCGGCGGCGCCAGCCGUCAAGCCGCCGACGGCAACGAAGCUGACGGGGGCGCGACGGCCGCGCCCCGUCCGGCCGCUGCCGGCGCUGCCAACGACAGCGUCGCGGCGGCGUUGCAAGCCGUGCCGCCGGCAGCCGCCAACAGGCCCUGCUACGAGCUCUGUGUCUUCUACACAGGCACACCUCCCAUCCCCGCCACCGCCACUGCCACCGCCACAAACGGCGCUGCCGCAGACGCCGAGGCCCAGGCUUCCGACACCGCGCCCACCGCCUCCUCCUCCGUCGCCGCCACCGCCGCCACUGCCGCCACCACCGCGGGCACCCCCUCCAUCGGGCCCUUCUUCGGCUCCCUGCUGCAUGCUCGCCCCGUGCUGGCGGCCCACUGCAUGACAAGCAUCCAGAUGAGCCCCACGGGGGACCACGUGCUGCUGGCGUACGGCAGGCGGCACAUCAGCCUGUGCAGCCUGGUGGCGUGCGGCGGGGGGCAGCUGGCGGGGGUGCAUUCCGUGGUGGAGGUGUACAGUGUCCCGGACAUGGAGCUGCGGCGGGUGCUGCUGAGUGCGGACGACGAGGUGAAUGUGGCGCUCUUCAACACCUUCCCGGCGGAGGGAUUGGCGUACGGCACCAAGGAGGGACGUAUACGACUCGUACAGUACGACAGGCGACCGCCCUUGCGUAGCGCCAUCCCCUUCCUCCCGCGGCCUCCCUCACCUCCCUCCUCCCUGGCGUCAUCCCCCGCCUCCUCUGAUGCGGAGGAGGAGGAGGAGGGUACUGGAGGUGGGGGCGGCGGGGGCCUUCACCUCCAUGUGGC